AAAUGGGAGGCUCGGCCGACAGGGGCGGGGGCCGCGCAGCCGGGGACUUUCAGGAACUGCAGGAGCGGGCGGCGCGGGAGUAGCCGAGCGCCCAGCGGCUGGGCCUGAGCGUCGAGACUCGGGGCCGAGGCGGAGGAGCGGCCGCCGCGCCGGGGCCCAGCCGGAGCCGCCGCCCUCGCCCUUGCCUUUGCCUGCGCGGCUCAGAAUCACCAUCCGCGGCGCGGGAGACGAGCCGGCCGUCCCGGGCCGGGGGACCCGCCCGCCAUGGCCACCAAGGCUCGGGUUAUGUAUGAUUUUGCUGCUGAACCUGGAAAUAAUGAACUGACGGUUAAUGAAGGAGAAAUCAUCACAAUCACAAAUCCGGAUGUAGGUGGAGGAUGGCUGGAAGGAAGAAACAUCAAAGGAGAACGAGGGCUGGUUCCCACAGACUACGUUGAAAUUUUACCCAGUGAUGGAAAAGAUCAAUUUUCUUGUGGAAAUUCAGUGGCUGACCAAGCCUUCCUUGAUUCUCUCUCAGCCAGCACAGCUCAGGCCAGUUCGUCGGCUGCCAGCAAUAAUCACCAGGUGGAUAUUUUGGCUCAGAUUGGUUGUGUCGAAAGUCUCAGCCAGUCACCACCUUCUUCUCCUUCUCCUUCUCCUUCUUCCAUAUAUAAGGUUGGCAGUGGCAAUGACCCCUGGUCAGCCUGGAGUGCCUCCAAAUCUGGGAACUGGGAAAGCUCAGAAGGCUGGGGGGCCCAGCCAGAGGGGGCUGGAGCCCAAAGAAACACAAACACUCCCAACAACUGGGACACUGCCUUCGGCCACCCCCAGGCCUACCAAGGACCAGCAACUGGUGAUGAUGAUGACUGGGAUGAAGACUGGGAUGGGCCCAAAUCCUCUUCCUACUUUAAGGAUUCAGAGUCAGCUGAUGCAGGCGGCGCUCAGCGAGGAAACAGUCGUGCUAGUUCCUCAUCCAUGAAAAUUCCCCUUAACAAAUUUCCUGGAUUUGCAAAACCUGGCACGGAACAGUAUUUGUUGGCCAAACAACUAGCAAAACCCAAAGAGAAAAUUCCCAUCAUUGUUGGAGAUUAUGGCCCAAUGUGGGUUUAUCCUACCUCUACAUUUGACUGUGUGGUAGCAGAUCCCAGGAAAGGCUCCAAAAUGUAUGGUCUAAAGAGCUACAUCGAAUAUCAGCUAACACCUACUAACACUAAUCGAUCUGUAAACCACAGGUAUAAGCACUUUGACUGGUUAUAUGAGCGUCUCCUGGUUAAGUUUGGGUCAGCCAUUCCAAUCCCUUCUCUUCCAGACAAACAAGUCACAGGCCGCUUUGAAGAGGAAUUCAUCAAAAUGCGCAUGGAGAGACUUCAGGCCUGGAUGACCAGGAUGUGUCGCCAUCCAGUAAUCUCAGAAAGUGAAGUUUUCCAGCAGUUCCUAAAUUUCCGAGAUGAGAAGGAAUGGAAAACUGGAAAGAGGAAGGCCGAGAGAGAUGAGCUGGCGGGAGUCAUGAUAUUUUCCACCAUGGAACCAGAGGCACCUGACUUGGACUUAGUAGAAAUAGAGCAGAAGUGCGAGGCUGUGGGGAAGUUCACCAAGGCCAUGGAUGACGGCGUGAAGGAGCUGCUGACGGUGGGGCAGGAGCACUGGAAGCGCUGCACGGGCCCAUUACCCAAGGAAUAUCAGAAGAUAGGAAAGGCCUUGCAGAGUUUGGCCACAGUGUUCAGUUCCAGCGGCUAUCAAGGUGAAACAGAUCUCAAUGAUGCAAUAACAGAAGCAGGAAAGACUUAUGAAGAAAUUGCCAGUCUCGUGGCAGAACAGCCAAAGAAAGAUCUCCAUUUCCUGAUGGAAUGUAAUCACGAGUAUAAAGGUUUUCUUGGCUGCUUCCCUGACAUCAUUGGCACUCACAAGGGAGCAAUAGAAAAAGUGAAAGAAAGUGACAAACUAGUUGCAACAAGUAAAAUCACCCUACAAGACAAACAGAACAUGGUGAAGAGAGUCAGCAUCAUGUCUUACGCGUUGCAAGCUGAGAUGAAUCACUUUCACAGUAACCGGAUCUAUGAUUACAACAGUGUCAUCCGCCUGUACCUGGAGCAGCAAGUGCAGUUUUACGAAACGAUUGCAGAAAAGCUGAGGCAGGCCCUCAGCCGCUUUCCAGUGAUGUAGGACAGAACGGGCCUUGAAGAGAAUGCCGCGUGCUUUCUCCUGACUUGGGGCAAUGCAAUUCAAAACUUUUUUUCCCCUAUGAUUCAGAAAAAAAAGGAAACAAAACCAAAAAGAAAGAGUUGCAAAAAACUGCAUUUAUUUUAUUAGCCACCCUAAAUGCGUCAGUUAUUUAGGGAUGGUCUUUUGUUCAUUUCCCCAUCCAUUAUUUAAACCAGUGGAAAUUGUCUCUAUUUUUGGAAAGUACUUAAAAGUUACCAGAAUUUUCAGUGGAAAAUGAGGGGCUUCUCCCCACUGAUAUUUUACAUAGAGUCAUAAUUUAUAUGUCUUAUAAAUUAUAAGUCUUAUAUAAUUUAUAAGUCUCCCACAAUCUUCCAGUUCUUACCCAGUGUCAGAUAAUUAAUUACUAAUUACUUUCUUAAAAAUAUGAACUAUGCCAGAAUAAAAAAUAUCUAUGUUUGUAUAUUUUUAUAACUCCUUUCAGUCCUCUGGGGCUCCUAUCAUUGAGGGAAGUCGUUACGCCUUUCACUGCCACAGUUACAGCUCAAGUGCUUACACUUCAAGAGGGAGGACGCUGGGGGCCCCUGGGGCUGCUAGUGCCAUCGUGGUGUGUGGCAGGUGGGCCAUCCCAUGUCCCUCCAGGGGGACCCCACAGCCUGGCAGAUGAGCAGAUACCCCUGGCCACCCGUGUCCUCAGCGUCAUUUCUGAUGUGCUGCUCUUAUGUGAGGACCAGUGCUUUCUCUCUUUGCACUUCCUUCCUAAUCUUGGUUAAGGCAUGUUUUAUGCCAUGAAGAAUACAUUAGAAGAAUUGAGGGACUUUGUAGAGAAUUUUGUGGCUUUGGUCCGACGGGUGAGUGGCUGUGCGGAGGCCUGUGCUCGGGAGGGCCUGGGGGAAGGAGGGCACCCAGCACCCCGGCGUCUCUGGCCCUUUCUUAUUCUUUGGCUCCUCAUCCACCGUGAUGAGAAGCGCUGCUGCGGGCACGGCACACUGCUUGGCUUGGGUGGCGGGUUCAUGGCCAGUUGGUGUAAUCAGCAAAGAGAAAAAGCACAGGUUAGCUCCCCAUUAGAUGGAAAAGUGUAGGGACUGAGAAGGGCUGCAGCCUCAGCAGUGUACAGAGUCCCCAGCGCUCUGAGGUUGGAGAGAGAGAAUAGACCAGCGCCCUUCCUGACUACAUCCGAAACUUCACACAGGGUGUUUCUGAGCACCAGCACUUCCAGCGCUUCACUUAACGGCAUAAAGCAAAACAGGACCUUGGCACACCGUCAGCUCGAACUCAACACUGGCAGCCACCGUCUCACCCCUGCGGAGGAGCGCUCCCGUCUCCCACAGGUGCCUUACCGCGUUCCCUCCCGCUGCUUUCAUUUUUCUGACCUAAUAAUUACGGGAAAUGGAAAGUCUGGGCCAGCAUCAAUAAAAUGACACCAAAAAUAAGUAGAUGAAAUCAAAUGAAUAUGAGAACAUGUUGUUCUUCAAUAUCACGGGUUUUUGUUAAUGUUUCAUAAGUAAUUCUCCCCACUUGAUUUUUCUUCUAUAAAAUCCCAUAGAACAAUGUUUAUGCUAUAGCCAUUUAAUAUAUGUACAAAUUGUAAAGAAUAUGUAUAAAUGUUUUACACGAAUGUAAGAGCAUGUAGAAGCCAACAUAUAAAUAAAUUGUUUAAAAAAACUGUACAGUAAAUUCUCAAAGCACUUUUUCAAAACA